GGAGUUUGUUGGCGUCCGAAGAGUCUGAUGUUGUUGUUUUUGUAGUUGUUGUUCUGUGGUGUGAAGUUGUCUGACGUGAAGCUGAACUCUCUGGAUUUUAAAAAGUUACUACUUUAGGCAACAAUUUUAAUCUUGUUUGUCUUUAUUUCUCCGGUAGAAAUGAAACUUUGAGAACUGUUUAGGAAGAGAAAAAGGGAGAAAUUGUGGAAAAUGAAACUUACAAAGAGAACUAGUUGCUUCCAUAUUGAUUAGGCCAGUAUGCUUUACAAAUAUACUAAAGACAUGCAGAAACCUUAAAAUGUACCUAAACUCUUGCUUUUGAAUUUCAGUCCAAAUAGAGUAAUAAAACAUCUUAACACAUAUGUGUUAGUCUACAGAAAUGUGCAAUGUAGAGUAUGAAGUGCCGAAUUUUGCAGCUUUAUCUCUUGCCUUUUUCUCUACCGUUUCUAUCUGGAUAAAGUGACUUUUCGCACUUGGAGAACAGAUUUUCCCUCAUUUCCUCUUUUUAAAAUAACAGUUUGGUUCAUGAUGUACCUCUGCAGCUUUAUUCCAAUAUUAUCCACGUUCAUGAGGGGAAAAACACCUCCACAGCUACAAAAUACAUUGAUUUAUUUAACCAGAAAUAACAACAGUAAGUUCGUCCUGUCUUACUUUUUAUUGCAAACACUUCUUUUCCCCUCCCGUGGAUUAUAUCAAUGACCAAUCAGUUCAUAAACAACAUCGUGCAGCCGCGAUGACAAAGACUCUGCAGCCUCAUACCGCCACUUCAAAGUGUCCUCAUUAUUCUGAGGAAUUAGUCUGAACAUUUGGAAUAAUUAGCGCUAAUUGGCCGUAAUAGCCGCGUGCCAGAACAGUAAAAAGGUGCUGAUUUAGAUGAUUAAGAAUGUCUCGUGAAAUUCUGUAUAAUUAAAGCAGCCAUAUACGCAGGAUUCAGCCUCUGCAGGGACAUGCUGUCGGUUUAAUUGCCUGCGAUUAUGUAUGGCCUGAAUUCUACACCUCCAGUAUCAUCUGAGCUGUUUAUUCCAACUGUGAUAUUUAAGCUUGGACUUUACUAUAAUUUACUUUUUUAACAGUAUGUUUUUUUUAAUCGUGUGCAUGUCUCCUCAGUGCAUGUUGAAUAGUGAGAUUACUCUGUUUAAUAUGAAUGUAGCCGUGAAAUCUGCCACCACAAGUCUGUCAGUUACACAACUAUAGCCGAUGAUCCCCGUGACAAACUGUGACUGAUCUGCAUGACACUGUACUGUUUGGACUUGAGCCCCCAAGUCCUCGGCUUCACUUUGACAGCUUUAUUUUGCUGUGAGUGCAAAAACAAUGAAACAAAAGAAAUAUUUAACAGUUUAAUUUGAAGGUGAAAUAAUUCAAACUGGAUCAGAGUCAAUGUGAUAAAAGAGAACAACUUUAUAAAUGAUUGUGUCUGCCACCAGAAGACGCUGUGUUUCUGUAACUCCUGUAUAAAGAGAAUAUGGACUCGACCUGCAGGUACAUAUUUCUCCCUCUGCUGCUGCUGCUGCAAGACUGACUUCACACCUCCUGACCGAGACAUUACCAAAGAGAUGAGAAUUUAAAAAAUCUACUGUAUUGAUUUUACUGUCAUCAAAGGUUAACUAUCGGCUCAGGAUGUGUGGGGGAAAAGUUAUUGCUGCUUUUACGCAUCUGUCAUUUGUACUAAUUUUGUUGCUAAAGGACAUUAUGAAAGAAAAAUAUUGUAGAAAUGUAGGUCCUUUACAUUAUGAUUGAUUUCUUUAACUGAAAAAAAGUAAAAUAAUAAUAUGCCAUGGCUGUAUUAUGGAGAUACACACCACCAAAAACGCGUCUGAAUUCAAUAAGACAUGUCAGUGUUCUAUACAGUUUACUCCUAGCUAUACAACACAUAUUAAACAGAUAAAUUAAAUGACUCAGAACACGAAUAAAGCUGUAAUUUUUGUUGCACGUCGGAAUACUCAGGAAGAAAAAUCAAAUACAAUUUUGAAAAUACGAUUUUGGAUGAAAAUUCCAUGAAAAAGGAAACCAAAACCCCGUGCGUAAAAGUGAACUUUGGCGCGUCAAGAGGCUCAGAGUGCCAUUCCUUGACUUCAAAGCCGGUUGGAUGGAGCCUAAAAUCUUUUCAAUGGCUCCUGUGCAGAAUUUCAGCAAUGAGAUAUGAUUGAGUUAAACUGUUGUAGCUCCUUGAGCAUUAGGCCAAGACGCUGCUGAGUGAGGGCUACCUGGCGUUGUGUUGCAGGAGAGUACUUGAACGCCGUUAACUUCGCAUGAGAGCCUCUCCUGCUUCACACUCUAUUUUCUGUUUAUUUUCGUGUGUGCGUGUGUGUGUGCGUCUCUUUUUAAGACGGGUGUGUUCAUGUGAAUUUUGGUAACACGCUGUUUGCGUCCAAUGAUAUCAAAAGGGGAAAAAAGGAAUAGAAAGGAGGGGGGUUAAUGAUUUACGCAGCCACUUCACGCGCGGAUGUGUAUUUAUUUACUUAUCAGUAUCAGUCAAUUCCCCUCCCCGCAAGUGCACUUUUGCAUGUGUGAGUACGAUAAGGCAUAACACAAACAAUCCUGCAAUCACUGGAGGCCUCUCGUGGCCAUUAAAAGUCAGGAGUUCAACCGAGGAGUGCUUCUCCAACUCUCAAGUCCAUAUAGGCCUCCUUUCAUCAAGAGGCCCUCGUAAACAUCACUACAGUUAAUAAAGUGCAUUGUGGUCAGUGCAGUCCCGAGGUGCAGCAGCGUGUUUAUCACACACAGGCAACAACAGCUGUAGCGCGAGCCCCCCGGACAGCGCGUGCAGCCAGCCGGGACGCACAUCUCUUGCUCAUCAUGUACAGCGCUUAUGUUAUUGUUAGUGGGAGGGGAGCGCAUGUCUUGGAAGUGAAAUUACGCGCGGCGAAAGGAGGCUCGAGCUGUUUGGUAUUGUUGCGGAUGCCCCGCCUCUGAUGGUAGCCUUAAACCUGGCACCCAGCUAAAACAAACCAAAGCCAGCACCCAGCUCCCACUCAAUCCAAUUAAGGCGGACUUGAGGCGGCUCUCCUUACGUGUUCAUCUACCAGGAUCGACGUUGAGACAACAGGAACCAGAGGGGCUUUGGCCAAAAAAAAAAAAAAAAAAAAAAAAGGAGAAAAAAAAAAAGAGAAGGAGAGAUUGCCUUGCCUUCUAAUUUCUCCCUCUCCAGUCCCAGAACAAUGUCGAUGAGCCCUAAGCAUACGACUCCUUUUUCUGUUUCCGAUAUCUUGAGUCCUCUUGAGGAGAGCUAUAAGAAAGUAAGUAUGGAGAAUAACAACUUGGGGGCACCUCUCACUUCGUACCGGCAGCCGCAGGUCUCUCAGGCGGCGAUGCAGCAGCACCACAUGGGCCACAACGGGACUGUGUCUGCGGCGUACCACAUGACGGCUGCAGGUGUCUCCCAGCUGUCACACACGGCAAUGGGGGGCUACUGCAACGGCAACCUGGGCAACAUGGGCGACCUGCCGUCUUACCAGGACGGCAUGAGGGGCAGCACCACGGCCACCGGCUGGUACGGAGCCAACCCAGACCCGCGCUUCUCCACCAGUGAGUAUCGUGCACCUGUUUGAGUCCAGCUUUGAGAUGAGUUAUGGAUAUAGUUUCUGCAUUCAUGUUGUUCCUGGCACUUGCGCGCUUAAGUGGGCUCUCUAGAAACCUGUGGGGUUAACAUUUAGAUUUAUAUUUUGGCGACAAUGUUUGAGGGAAAAAUGUAGUAAAGCAACAUUUUUUAUCCAGGGUGUCAAACGUUUGGGAAAGUCUUAAAAGGAGAACCGUGCGAAAAUCUCCCCAAACUCUACGCUUUAAUUUCACGAAUGUUUAUAUUCAGUAUUUUCUCUAAUUUAUCCAGAAAUAUUGCGAAUAAGUCCAGAAUUAUUCUCCCACUGUGUGCCCAGGGAUAUGUGGAUAUUUGACGGUUGAAUAAUAAUAAUAAAACACGGAUUUUGUCGCGCAUUACGCAUCAUUUUGAGGCCUUUUUGGAAAGGCGUUUGAGACUGAAAACAUGGAUAAUUUUGCCAUGCACUUUUUGACAACUGUUAAAAUAAUUAUGGGAUCAGAAAUGACAUUUAUGCAAAGGUUAAUUAUAUCACGACUCCAUAUAAAAGUUAUUUAAUAUUCAGACGAAGAAGUAAGAUGUCAAGGGAAAUAAUUGUUUGAGCGUCCUGUAACAUUUUCGCGCGUAAAAUCAGAAAUUUUGUGGCAUUAAUCGGAUUUUUUUCCCCUUCAGUUUCUCGCUUCAUGGGUUCGUCUUCGGGCAUGAACAUGGGCAGCAUGGGCAGCCUCAGCUCCCUGGCAGAUGUGGGUAAAGGCAUGGGAUCACUCUCCAGCACCCCGAGGAGAAAAAGGCGUGUGCUGUUCUCCCAGGCGCAGGUCUACGAGCUGGAGCGACGCUUUAAGCAGCAGAAAUACCUGUCCGCUCCAGAGAGGGAACACCUGGCCAGUAUGAUCCACCUCACCCCGACCCAGGUGAAGAUCUGGUUCCAGAAUCACCGGUACAAGAUGAAGCGGCAGGCCAAAGACAAGGUGUCCCAGCAACAGAUGCAGCAGGAGAGCGGCUCUUGCGCGCAGCAGCAGCAGCAGUCCCCGAGGAGGGUGGCCGUGCCGGUGCUCGUGAAGGACGGUAAGCCGUGCCAGGGCAGCGGCCACACGCCCACGUCCUCCACGCAGAGCCACCACCAACAGGCCGGUAACGUCAUGAUCAUGUCUAACAAUGCGUCAGGGCUCGCGCAACAUCAGAGCCAGCAGGUGGGGAGCACGGGUCACUCUCCGGAUCUGGCUCCGCACUCCUCCAGCCCGCCGUCCCUGCAGAGCCAGGUGGCCGGCCUGUCUCACCUCAACUCCCCCGGGGCAGAGUACGGCUCGGCCCUGCAGUGUUCAGCCCUGUUAUACGGCAGGACAUGGUGACAAGAGGCGCCGGCUUUUCUUUCAAACAACUCUUCUAUUUAAAAAAGAAAAAGACUUUUUUUUGUUUCUCCUGUCAAGACUCGAGAAGUUUUCCUGUAAAUGUGCGUUUGAACAAGAGCCGAGCGUUGCAAAUCUUGAAUUUUCACUCUUUCUUUUUUUUUCCCGGAUGAAGUUUGACUAACAUGGAAGGAGACAGAAAAACAAUUUUUGACCAUAAACUGCGGAUGUGAAAGUCUUUGGAUUUAUUUAUGUAAAUUAUAUUAAGACAAAAAGAAGAAUCAGCAGUCAUAUAGGCCGCACAAGUGUGGGAAGAAAUGAAGACAUAUAAGAAACUGCAAUAGACCAACACGAGUGCCGCUUUACACCCCACAAACACACACACACACACACCUGACUCUGAUUUAUAAUAGAAUUUAAUGUAAGCCGUAGAUUUAGCUUGUAUAUUUCUGUAAAAGGUUUGGAUUUUAGCUAUCUGUUGUACAAAGUUUUCGACGCUAUUUGCCGGUUUGUUGUCGUUUUAUUGGUAUUUGUACGUUUGAUUUCUUUGUAACUUAUAUAGAUAUUUGACUUACUACAAAACAGUCCUAUUAAUAAAUUAUGGAAACAAGACGGUUAAGUUUUUGUGGCAUAUUUUAAAAACGCAAAGAUAAAUGGCGAAGGUGCAGAAACUAUUAUUAUUAUUAUUAUUAUUAAUAUUAUUAUUAUUAUUGUCCGAUACAAACUAUGCGUCAAAUUUAUCCACAUUUUUCAGCCAUUUUUUCCUUGUUUUCCUCUGUGAUAAAUCACUCACUAACCAAUCUCAUAGUUAAAGGCUGCAGAGUAAACUAAACCUUUAUGUGCAGUUUGCUCUUUUUUUCUCUUUCUUUUUGUGUGUCUGUGUUUGUGUCUGUGUGUCUGUGUGUGUUUUUGCAUGCUGCACGUGUGAGUCAGAAAGGUGAGGUCUCUCUGCUCCAAACAUCAAACAAAAAACGCUGCGCAAAGAAAACCUUGUCGGUGAAAUCCCUGUCCAAACAGCGCCGUGUUUUUCUUCUCAGAUUACUAUGGGUGUGCGGCUAUCAGCUGCUUUAUCAAUAAUCAAUCAGGAAGGUGAAAGGAAACGACUAAAGGCUGUUUGUGCCCCGGUAUCGAUAACAAACCAGUGCCAGAGAUAUUUAUUUUAACAUUCAGCUGUGUUGAUGUUUUUAAACGGCUGAAAAUAAAAAGGGCAACCGGUCAUUUAUUUCUCCUCUGUAAACAAAAAGCUGUAGUAAUCAUUAGAGGCGAUUCUCCCGCCAAAUCAUGGCGCCGCUUUAAGUAUUAACGGCUAAAAAGUGGUUGCUAAGCUACAGGAGUAACGGCUAGCAUAAAAUCAGUGUCCUCCAACCAAUUUAAAACCUUUUUAAACACAUUUUUUUAAUCAUAAAAUACCAUAUACACACUGUUACCCGACUUAUCUGGGGUCUUAUCCAUUUCAUAUAAGCUUUUAAAAACACAUUAAUGAGGACUAGUUUGGCUAACUAUCGUAUAAAACAUAGCACACACAUAUAGGUGGAAUUCUUGUUAGCUAACUGCUAUUUUUGAUGAAAUUAUAGUGUAAAAGUCUACUAGGGAGCAGUUUGAAGGUGAUGUAACCUCUCUAGCCUUGCUCCCCUUUGUUUGAAUUUCACCAGCACGACCUUUGUAGCUUUGGGCUUUGAGAAAAUGAGCGCUAACGUCGUACUAAGCUAUCACAAUUGAACUAGCCUCCUGUACACCUGGUAUAACUUACUUAAAUGCCCACAUAUAAAGCUACAGAUGAAAAAAUUGUGUUUAGUGUUCCUUACUGUAAAAAUAUAGAGGAUCCUUACUGUAUUUUAACUCCAGGCUUUGGAACUAGCCUUCCUUGCACCUGUUAUAGCUUAACCUAAAUGCCCACAUAUAAAGCUACAGCUAUAAAAAAUAUUGAGUUUAGAGUAAAUUACUGUAAAAAAAAUAAAGAUAGUCCUUACUGUAUUUCAACUCCACGCUUUGUAUGCACCUGUCUGUGUCCUAAUACAAUUAAACUACCCUUCUUUAGACCUGUUAUAACUUACCUAAAUGCCCACAUAUUAAGCUACAUUUAAAAAAUAUUGUGUUUAGUGUAAAUUACUGUAAAAGUAUAGAGGGUCCUUCCUGUAUUUUAACUCCAGGCUUUGUAACUAGCAUCCUUUACACCUGUUAUAACUUACCUAAAUGCCCACAUAUUAGGCUACAGCUGAAAAAUAUUGCGUUUAGUGUAAAUUACUGUAAAAAUAUAGAGGGUCCUUCCUGUAUUUUAACUCCAGGCUUUGUAUGCAACUGACUGAGUCCUAUUACAAUUGAACUAGUCUCCUUUACACCUGUUAUAGCCUCACCUAAAUGCCCACAUAUAAAGCUACAGCUAUAAAAAAUAUUGAGUUUAGAGUAAAUUACUGUGAAAAAUAAAGACAGUCCUUACUGUAUUUUAACUCCACGCUUUGUAGGCACCUGUGUCCUAAUACAAUUGAACUAGCCUCUUGUACACCUGUUAUAACUUAUCUAAAUGCCCACAUAAAAAGCUACAGCUGAAAAAUAUUGUGUUUAGUGUAAAUUACUGUUAAAAUAUAGAGGGUCCUUCCUGUAUUUUAACUCCACGCUUUGUAUGCAGCUGACAGUGUCCUGUCAAAGCUAAUUGCCUGACUUAACAUGGGAUCACUGAAUUACACACAGAGCCUCUUGCCUAUUAUCCCGUCUAUAUCUGGCAUUUACAUCAUUCUGGCUGCAUUUCUUCAAUUAUAUUUGAUCUCAUGCUUUAGGCUACCUUGUUAUCGAUCUGUCUCUCCUUGUCAAUACAACCUAAAAUUACGUGUCAGAGGUUUGGUGAAGCGGCUUUCACUUGGACUCAGCUGAACCUUUUGGCUUAAACAGAGUGGCUGUAAUGUCAUCUCUUGUCAGCUUAUUCUCGAUUGAAAACCACACUUGUUUCAGAAAAGUAUCUCUGCUCACAAACAUUGGUAAGAAGUGUCAUGUCUUAUUAAAGAUCUUGUGUAUUCGCCUUUGCCUAAUCUUCCUGUCCCUUUAAGCCCCAGCAGCAGCAGCAGAUAGGCCACCAGGCAGCCCACCAGAAAAGCCCUUUUAGAGACUUAAAAGUGAAAUCUCAGCAGCAGCAGCAGCAUCAGAAACUGUCUCCUAUUAGGUAUUUCUCAGAGCUGGUUUUGUUGGGCAUAGAAGUGAGAACUUUGGGAUUACAUUACCAUGUCUUUGGCGCGGUGUGUGGUCUUUGUGUGCAGCUUGUAGCUGUUGAGAAUGACUUGUUGGAAGCGUGUGUGCUCUCAUCGCUCUCUUUUGUAGAAACUCACAGUGCAACUCCCCAAGUCCUCCUGGCUUUAUGGUGAGCUGGUCCCCAUGAACCCCAAGCAAUUAGUCCCUAAUCUCAAGGUAAUCAUAUUUGAGUUAGUGACUAGCUGUUGAAUUUUUAUUCGCCUGUUUAGCUUUACUUUCACUUUUGGUUUUUACCCUGGUAUUAAAAAAUGCUUAUUUUGUGCACGAGCAUGUAAGUUUAGACAGAUUUAAUUACAGGUGUUGGAAUUAAAAUACGCGAGAUGAAAUAAAGCAAACCACAGCAAAUGAAAGUUAACAUUUCAGCUUUCAUAUUUUACAACCAGGAGUCUUAAAAUCUCAAUCACAAAGGUGACAUCGUUUUCAAACGUCAAGUUUUCUGCAUUAAUAACAAAAAUGUCCCGUGCAUCGCUGAUUUAAAUGUGUUUUAAAUUUAUAUUUCAGCGUUUACGAUGCACUUUAGCGUCAGUACGUUAAAUUAAGUGUCUACAUUGAAGACACCAAAGGAUGUCUAUUAAUGUUUGAUCUGAGGAAGAUUAUUUUGCACGCUGUUGUUUAUCCUUUUGAAGACCUAAAAUAACAGUAAAAUGUAAACAAAGUAUUUGUAAAGUAAACAAAGCAACGAUUAUAAAAUAUUUGUAUUUUUAAUCAACUAGGCUUUAUAAACAAAUAAAACCGAAAGUAAAAAAUACUAAAACAGACUUCGCUGGUUUCGUCCAUUUGAUAAAAGUUAACAUUUAUUCUAGUCAGCAACUUAACGUUUUAGGAGUUGAUACAUAAAUGUGUUGCAUUACGACAUAUACUUUUAUGAUGUGUUUACGUUGAAUUAAACCCGUAGACAUCCAAAAUGAUAUCUAAAAACCUAAAUAAACAAAAAGAAAACAAAAAUUUUAUACAAUCAAAAAUAUUUAUUAUUCGCGUAUUUUUCAAAGAGGCACCGUGCGGACUUGGUGCUGUCCACGGUCCUGAAAUACAUGAAAUGUACGUAACGUGUCCGGUAUAUUUGAGGUUUAAAAUAUAUAUUUAUGUCAUAAAUUGUUGGGAGAUUAUAAAAAUAAGCCUGUCUUCUUCUCCUUCUUUGGCAGCACAGCCUCUCUCGCUGCUCUUUUUUUAAGUUCCUAAACAUUUCAAUCCUGCAGGCCUGAGCAUUCACGUGCAUUACAAAUAGCACAAUUACACAGCAACUGCAAUCACCCCCCUUUGGUAAAUGUUAUUGUCAGCUAGCAGCAAAAAUCUUUAAUUGUCCUACGUUUAUCUGCUUCUUCAAGCCAUUGUUCAAAGGGCGCAAACGAGGGUCAUUUGUGAACCGAAAUACUUUGCAUGCAAAGCGGAGCACAAGAUGCUGUAAUACUUGACCUUUCAGCAUAAUUGUUGCAGGCAUGAAAUGCAGCUUGCAGGGCUCGCUGAGUGGAGCCUUUUCUUUCUCCCUCCUCCCUCUGAUGAACAAAGCGCAUUUUAUACGUCUUCGGUGUUCAUUUGGUUUUGUUUCUUUCCGGGAAAAUUUCUCUGGGAACGGCUGCAAUUUAUCUUCCUUUUAAUAACACUGCUAGGCCAAAAAAAAAAAUAGAUUUCUCAAUUCAACACUCCACAAUGGGCUUCAUGUUUAGCCCCCUAAAAAAGGCAGAAAACUUGUAAAUGGAUGUGUUUAUCAGUUUGACAUGACAGACCUUUAACAUAAUGACUCUGGACAGCAGGGCUGAAACAUCUGGCUCAAGGACACUUGAGUGACUGCUGCUACCUAGAUCUGUCAAACUAGAUGUUGACACAAUGAUGUUAAACAGAAUAAGAUGAAAUUUCCCCCAAAAAUUGAAUUUGUGUUCUACCAUUAUACCUGAAAGGACUUUAAAAAAGGUUUAAUGUUUUUAUAGCUUCAGAAACACCAAAAGUUGAUAUACAUUUCAAAUCUUCACAACCAAAUAUGAUCCAGAUUUAACAACAAAUGUCUAAAGUUGACUAUUUUUUGAGAGAACUGAAGUAUUCAUGAGAAACUGAAGUAUCUGAGUUUUACCAGAUGAUGCAAAACAUAAGAAAAAUACACUUUUAUUGUAACUAAAUCAUCAGCUGUUUGAUUAUUCAGUUAACUCAAGCUUUUUUUCACAAGAGCAACAAUUAAGUGAUUAAAUCUAGAUGAAACCGAACAUGAUUUCUUGCGAAUUUCAGGGCAAUAAAAGGAUAUUUUCAAUCUUGUCUCGCCAUGAAAACACGUCUUGGAUGGACAGCUUAAGACAAACACAAAGAACACAACUCUUUCAAAAACAGUAGAGUAACAACCUGAUGACAACUUUUAGCGCAAGUCUGUGAUAAUGAACUCUUCUCUGCAGAAUAAACUGUCAGCAGAGAUGGUGAGAUGCAACAACAUGGACGGUUAUUUAAAGCUCCUGUGUGUCGUUUUUGUUUGGUCGUGUAUCAGACUGAAUCUACGGCUGAUGUGUUCAUUGGACCAACUAAAGCAAACAUGACCAAAGGCAUGAAGACUGACGAAUUUGUCCACAGGUGGCGCCAAAAUCAACACAUACUAAAAGUUCCAUAGAGGUGUUUUAAAAGGUUUCCCCCCUAACAUGUUAGAUAAGGCUAACUGGCCACAAAGAAAAGACAGUACCUGUAGUUUUGUCUGUUUUUAGAGUUUUAAAGGCCAAAAUAGUACAUUUUAAAAAGUUUGUCCUCGUAAAACUAGUAUCAUCUACAUAGAAUGUAACUGACAGUGUUUUAUCCCCCAGUCAUGUGGAAUUUCCUCUGAAAGGACAACAGACCUUGCGAAGUACUUAUGUCAAGGUACCCACCAAACAUCAGGCAUCGAAGAAACGUGCAGAUCAAGUCAGCAUUGGGUCGGUCCGUCAAAGACCACAUCUAGAUGUCAGUGGGACGUGCAAAAUAGGUUAGAAAUUUCAACGUCCAAAUUUGAUCUUUUUUAGACGUCGCUCUGAUGUUUAGAAUUUGGACCAAAUCUAGACGUCAGCACAACAUGCAAAGUAGAUCCAAGAUUUAGACGUCAUUAUUAGACCUCUUUUAGACAUUGAAAUGACAUCCAGACGUCGAAAAAAUAUGUUAAAUAGAUGUUAUUUUGACGUCACAUUGCACAGUGGGUACAGAAAACUUGACAUUGGCAUUAAAACUGUACAGAAAUGUGAGGCUGAAGAAAACUGCCUUGUUUCAUCCUGAGAUAUUUUGAUGCAAAAAAUCAAUGAAAUAAGAAAAUAAAACAUCCUCAACAAAAAACCUCAAUAAUUACACUUCCAAUCAGCACAGACUUCACACAAUCCUCACAUCCUCUCUUGACAAACAUUUGUUAAAACCAAGUUAGAGGCAGAGAGACAUUUUUGUCUGUAAUUUCUCCUAAAGGUUGACUUUGUUGGUUGACCAUUUGCUGACCCGGUGAAACCUUCACUCGAACCUUCAGAAACUUCCAACUUACUUUGUUUUUUGGGCAAUAUCAAGUACAGGGGUCUUCAUGAGAGUCAAUUAAUUAAAAACAGAAAUGCUAACCAAAAAUCAGCCUUUUAAUGCAACAGCCAAGUGAAUCUGUGCCAACUUUUACAUUAAAGCUAAAUCUAUUAGCAGAGGGGAAUUUGGAAUCUGUCAAAUUGUCAUGGCUGUACCUGAAAUAAUAAAUUAUAUUUAUAGCACAGCAAUUAAAUCAUAUCCGCUCCAGGAGAAAAAUGUUGGCAUUGAUACUCAAAACCAUUUUAGUGGAUUGGCCCUCUCCCUCUGAACUAAUGAAGCACUUCCCGGACCGAGUCCAACUACGCUAAUACAAGAGCGUACAUUGUCAUUGUUUAGACAUGACUGCUGUCCUCCAGUGACCCGGUCUAACGUGUUUAAAAUCAAGUAAGGGUAUCGUUUUAAAUACAAAAUGUUGUUACCAUUCAUCGUAGGACAUAUAUACCUCCUACUACUGCAGGGAUCGUUGUGCAGAAAACAAGAAACUUCAAGAUUGUAAGUUUCCAACAAAGUUUACAGACAGUUUAGUCUUGACCAGAGUAAACUUCUGUGGCGUGAUGAUAGGUCUUUUUCAUUUCUAUUCAUCAAUUGUUGAGCAGAAACCAUCAGUCACCAAUGGGCCAACAGAAGAUGCUGUUUAAGCACGUGGAGAGCAAAAUAUGCAAAGACUACUUCAUACACAGCGAGUGCCAUAAUGUACACAAACCAAAAGCUAAGUGCAAAUGCGAACUAUGUGUUCAGCUCAACCACCAGCAGAAUAAGUCAACUUUGACUGCACACGGCCCUGAUAUUAACGUUUUUAUCCAUCAAAGCUUCGAUGAGGAACUUCCUGUUUGUGUUGAGUUUGGUGUGCCAUGUGGAAAAUGUGCUAAUCCUGUCUUAGGUCACGUUCCUGACAGUUCGUAAUCAGUCAGUUUUGUCGCUGAUCGUCAUGUUUGCCAUCCUAGAUUAUUAAGUUAUUUUCAGUUUAUUCAAACCAACUAAAAACUGCUUACAGGAGCUUUAAAGAGUUUGCUUCACCAUAAAAUUCUGGCAUUUUAGAGAGUUAAAGAGUUUGUUUUUGUGUGUGUUUCUCUACUCUAUGGCUACCAUCAAAUUUCCUCCUUUCCUCCUUAAAUUCUCAAACGAGUGUAAUGCAAACGCAAAUGUGGAUUAGAGGAAAUGUGGAAUUUCUGUGGGCUGCUUUAACUCGUCUUAAUGUGUCUACGUACUCUUGUUAAACAUGCCAGUGAAAGGAGACCAGACUAAAGCGGGGUUGUCACGUCUGUGUACAGUAACAGCAGGAGUCCUUUAGAAACCAACCAGCCAUCACUAACCCUGUUAACACCAAACCCUCAUCAAGAGCCGGUCCUGCUGCUGCUGCUCUAAAGGGCUGCGGGAAUAACUGCUCCGGUUAAUGAAGGGCUCAAAAGUCCAAGGCUUUCCCUUUCAGCGUGGCUAAAGUCCAUUUAAAUGUAUCUGCAUAUAAACAAGAGGGUACUUAAGAUUUAAAAAGUUAGAAAAGUUCAUGUCUGUCACUGCGGAUGUGAAGCGCAUCAUGUUUAGAAAAACUGGAAAGUCACUGAAUGUCUGUAAAAGUGUUUAAAAAGGUAUAUAAUUUCAUUUUUGUUGGAGUUUCUGUACGCUGAAGACUUUGGAAUAUAAAUGUUAAAUCUUUCACCAUGCUCAGAGAAGAGUGUUACGUCUGAUAGGAGACCAUCCCAAACCC